AAAGAGAUGAAUACCGCCGGCUUUAUGUAGCCGCUAAUGGUGAAGUGUUAGGUUUAAAGCAAGAAAUCAGACACUUAAAAGAUAGGUUAGCCAAUCGUGAAACUGAAAACUUGCGGCAAACUACUAUGGAACGAGAAAGGAUGAAUAUUCAGUUGCAAAAAGAUGCUAGUUCCAGGGAACUUGAAUCAUUAAUGACCAACUCUUUUCAGCAAUUAAUUCAAAAUAAGAAAAAGGGGGGUUCACCAAAAAGGCAGUUCGGUUACCCCUCUCAAGAAAUAUGUUGUAAGACACCAAAUGGUGAGUUAAAACCGACUGCCGCCAAAACCGACUGCCAAGAUUUAAAAUCAAAUGACAAGCAAAAAAUACAGCAAGACGAAAUAAUCCAAUUGGUUAAGGCUGAUAGCCGCUACUUGGAAUUAUUUUCAGACAACAAAAUCCAAAUAUACGGCGGGUCAGCUAGGUAUAUUUUAACUCAACCUAAAGCCGGCAUCAAAUUUAAACCUGAUUUGUCGGUUCAUUCCGGAAAUGAUUUUAUAAUCGAUAAAGUUUAUUAUGAUUUAGUAGUAGAAGACCGAUUCCAAGAGGCUCUGGAUACUCCUGCUAAAGUAGCAGAAUUAACUACUCAAUUAAAAGAAAACAUAGCCGAACAAAUUACUGAUGAUAUUAACGAAAAAAUUGAAGAAAUUUGA